AUGGGUCUUUUCCAGCUUGCCGGUGUCGCUGCGCUCGCGUUGUGCGCUUCUGCCGCGCCUGCAGAACCGAGGGCGCCAAAGCCCAAGAGCUUCCUCAAAGAUUUGGGCAACUCGACUUGGGUCAUCGGGAAUGGCAUCUGGAACAUGACGCAAGGUCGCCAAUAUGGCGUUAAGCUCUGGUAUAAGGGGAAAGAUCGUGUCGGUCCAACGGCCACUGGCCACUACGUUAGCUACAACGGUGCGGCGUCUGAUCUCAACUGGACCUCUGCAGCAAUCGCCGACUCCGGGAAGGAUUGGAUCAACAUCAAAUUCACCGCGAAAGAAGGUGACUUCCAUUGGGUCAUCCAUGACGAUCUUGCAGGGGCGUACCAAUACUUUGUAAACCACGCUCUCCCCACACUUGGGGAAUUUCGAACGCUAUGGCGAUUGGACAACGUUUCGUUCCCUAACGGCCACACGAAUGUCAAAGAUGGACAAUUGCCGCCUUUGUCCGAGUACGCAGCUGCGACAAAUGUUCAGGAUGAAACCUGGCAGAAGGCAGACGGUACAUUCCUAACCAAGUACGACUGGUCAGCUUUUGUCAGAGACCAAACAUACUACGGUGUCUAUGGAGACGAGGUUGGAAGCUGGUACAUCAAUCCGGGCAAAGACUACUACAACGGAGAUCACUUGAAGCAAGAGCUUAUGGUCCAUCGCGAGUCCAAGACUGGCGACGCUGUUCAAUUGAACAUGAUACAUGGUACUCAUUACCUCGCUCGAUCCAGCGACAAUUUUACAGAUGGCAAGACUUGGGGCCCAUGGCUAUGGUACCUGAAUGAUGGCAACAAGGCUGAUGCCGACAACCGUUGGAAGAAGGAGGAUAAAUCGUGGCCUUAUGAGUGGUUCAAGGACGCCGCAUACCAGUCUCGUGGCUCAGUAUCUGGAAAGUUGGUCCUCAGCGAUGGGCGACCGGCCUCUGGGGCUGCCGUAUUCCUCGGAGACAGCAAUUCUGCCCUCAGCGCGGCCGACCAAGGCAAGGACUACUAUUACACUGCAUACGCCGACAAGCAAGGUCGAUUCACUAUCGAGAAUGUGCGGACUGGUACAUACGGCUUGUAUGCAUGGGGCAACGGUGGGAAUAUUGCCGAUGUGAAGACGUCGUUUGUGCAGAACGAUGUUGUCGUUUCCAAGCGCAAGAAGACAGACCUCAAGUCCCUCAAAUGGACUGUCACCGACAAGAGCAAAAGUAUCUUCCAGAUUGGUGAUUUCGAUCGUACGUCGAGAGGUUUCGCACUCUCCGGCCCAACCCCGUUCGAGCAUGGUCGCAUUGCUAAGACUCCUGGCAAUCUUACAUACACUGUCGGCAAGUCGCACAGCAGUGACUGGUAUUUUGGACAAUCAAACCUCGGUGUCUGGUCCAUCAACUUCAACCUCAAGAGCAUCCCAGAAUCUGCUACAGGCGCAAAGCUGUACACAUCGCUUGCCGGUUUUUCUAGCGGAACAAAGUCAAACAUCUUGGUCAACAAUGAGAAGAUCGGAAAUAUCUCGUCGAAUGCUGUGCUACUGGUGAGCAGCCAAGACACCUACCGCGGAGCAACUCAAGCUGGAGAGUGGAGGAACCUUCAAUGGGACGUGAAGAAGGAGCUGCUGAAGGUUGGCGAGAAUAAGCUCGACAUUGCUGUUACGGAGAGCACUAAAUGGCGAGGCUGGCUGUGGGACAGCGUGGCGCUAGAGUGGGUAUGA